CUUCUUCCCUGCAUAUUAUUUUCUUUUUUCAUAGCCUUGCCCAACAUCACAUGUUAAUUUCUUCUCUCCAUCUCUCUCUCUUCGCAUAAAAAACACAAGUAUGGGAGAAGAACGCUUCGAUCUUCACAACCUAGAACAAGAACAAGAAGAAGCAGAGGAGGCACUCUCUCUUCGCGACCUCCCACUCGACGACGACAACAACAACAAUUUUGAGUUUCAAAACCAUUUCAAUGGCAAUCACAAUCCUCGAUCAUCCUCCGACUUGUUCGAGUUCUUCAACGACUUCAGCGUGGACAUGUGCCCUGCCGAAGAAAUCAUUUUCUGCGGCAAACUUUUACCUCGGAAAGAUCACUACUACCACUCAAUCCCCAAACCAAUCAAGCAAGACAGAAAGAGGGCGAACUUUACUCGUAAACGCUCCGAGUCUCUCUCCGAUAUCCAAGGCUUUACGACGCCUCGUUCGAUUAGCACCAAAGCCAGGCUCAUGAGAAACAGUCGCUCCCUCGAUUACAGGAAAGACAAGGAAAUGAUGGAAAGAAGCAGCUCGUCCGCCAAAAAGGCCGUUCCUAAGCCAGCUAGAUGGUACUAUGUAUUCAUGAUGUUUGGAAUGGCCAAGAUUCCGAUGGAAAUGGAGCUGACGGAUAUCAAGAAUCGACAAUCCAGACAAAAUCCGCCGGCUCUGUUACCGCCGGUAAUAAAAAAUAAUAACAAUUCCUACAAGCUGAUUAGAGUCCUCAGCUGUAAGGAUCAUGCUAGUGUUGCUGUAGCAACGACGUCGUUUCCAUGCUAGGGGUAAUGAUGUCAUUUUGUGUUGUUUAUAAUUAUAUGGGGGGUUUAAAGUUUAAACGUAGAGUAAAAGGCAUGGUGUUGGGUGUACAGAAGAGUUGAUGAUUAUUGUGAAUGAAUGAUGUUUAAUUUUCUUGGUUUUUCAUUGGUAGUGUGAGAAAUCAAUGGUGAUCACGAGACUCCCGAGAAGACAUAUACUGUUUAGUUUUUUAAUGACAUGGGAUCCACAUGUGUGGGAAGAACACGUAAUAAUUUUAUGUACGAA